AAGUGAUCCAAAAAGUGGUUGUUUGUUAAGUAACCGUUGCCAAGCGCACUCACUCUAGUGAGUUAGCCGCGCUCUUAAGCUCUAACAACACCAUACAGCAGCUCUAUAUCGACACUUCCUCAAUCGUUGAGUGAGAAACCAUGCAUCCACAAGAACCCGGCGAUGUCUUUAGCCCUGCUGAUCGAAUCCGUCAACUCAAUGAUAUCGACAAGGAUGUAACAAAACUCCUCAACGCCGCGGGCGUUGCGAUCAGGUCGCUCACUACCAAUUCUUCUUCCAUAGCACUAGGACAGCAGUCCAGUGAUAUUCCCAAAAUCGAUGGGACCCUAGAAUCGCAUCAAGCAGCUUUCAGAGCUGCAAGCUCGCAAUACUUCGCUCUCCUCUCCUCGAUCGAUGUGCAUCUCCGACGGCAGGUGUAUGCUCUGGAAGAAGCGUCUAUAAUCAAGCCUGAAUCUGCUGAGACUGCAGGCGGGGGUACUACAACAACAACAAUUGCUGCUGCUGCUUCGUCAGGAGGAGUUAACCCUCUCGAUUCUAGCUGGCUUAAUAGCCGGAAGGAUACUGUCGGAAAGGAUAAGGAGGCGGAGUUGUGGGCGGAGGCUAGCAGGCUUGCUGCUCAGCUGGAUAAAGACAAAGGUUCUUACAGGAACGAAUCUGGCGUAUUGGAUAGGAAAGGGGCUUUCGAAAGAAAUAUGGAAGCUGAUUGAAGUUGAUUCGGGGCCGGGUUGCAUGCAUUGUCUCCGUCAGCGCGACAUUGGGGUGAAAUACAAUCAACCUCCUCCACCAACGCUACGAAAAUAUAGCGUGGUCAAUCGAUUCCCGCUGUUUCAUGAAUAUUUCCAUAUAUUGCACGGUACGACAUACCGAUAUUCGAAUGUCAAGUUGAAGCCAAGACUUCCCAUGCGCGCCGCAAUUAACCAUGCUAGUGACGUUCAUGCAUUUUCUACUGGCUGGUAUAUAGCGGAAACCGCCCCCGAAGGUUGUCAGCACAAAUAACGCCCACUCUUGUAAAGGCAUUACACCAUUGGAAUUGAGGGAUAGCUCUUUGGGAAACUCCUGUGUGACCCGACCGCAUGUGACGAUAAAGCAGAUAUGCUUCUAGGACUGGAACAACCCUGUUAUCCGCUAAGAUGCCAUGGGAUUUAUAUUGCAGAUAGAGGACAGACGAAUAGCGCCUUUGCUUUCUAAAUUACGGAGCCGUAUGCGCUGUUCAACGGGAUAGGAUCCUUACACAAUGCGAGGGAAUUGGGAAGAGAUGCUAUGCACAGUUGGGGCGCUCGUGUACUUGAUUGAAGAGAGCUGCAGUGUCUUGUCUAUAUAAACCGUGCUAGCACGACUCACGCGGUAAUGUAUUUUGACAAACUGGACGGGCUCUCUGACUUGCAGCUUUCCCCAGGUGCCGAUUUAUCUUUAGUUAGAUCCCCUGACUCUGGUAUUAAUAGCAAUGGAGAAGAUAAUUUGGAUUCUUUACAUUCGGAGAGUCAUAAAUAUCUUAUCACUCGUCCGAGAAUAAAUAAAGGAGAUAGAAACAAGAUAUAAAGGACGAACGAAAAUACAUGGGCCGCUCGCGUUAUCGCCGAAACCAGAAACGAUAAGUUAAUACUGCUGCAAAAUGCAACCCAUCUGAAUUUGCGCGGUUGGUACUUUCUAUAAGACGAACAAAGGCCGUAACUAAUGCUACCUCUUCAUUGAAUUGAUCAUCUCCCGAUGGGUAGCUUGAUCUCUAUUUGUCUCGGAAAGGGGUUGGAUACCUAUGCAAAAGGAAAAUCAUUAUAUUAGCAGAAGGAAUAAAAUCAAACCGAGCAGCAAUGUUGCCGGGAGGAGCCAAAAGUAGUCUAGCACUCACUUCUCAAGUCGGAAACGAUAUCCUUCGCUUUCCCAAAGUAGACCUCCUCUGCAGAUAGAUUCCAAUAUUAGUAAGAAGAUGCGUUUUAUAUCAUAAAACGGUUACGGUUGGUGUAAAUUUAAGCAAAAAGGUGUGCAUACGAAGAAGAUUCCGCAUCUUCAACUCCAUAUCCUCAACCAACCGCCCGACAUUCGCAACAUGACUAGCGUCUCCAUCGACGGCCAUGUCUGCCUCGAUCUGUCUCGUCAUAUUUCCACUGAGGUCCAUCUCACCCAAUCCUUCUGAACCGGUUGAUAAAUGUAGGAUGACGGUGCUCGUUAGUUUAUAGUGGCAUGUCCGCGCGCGGUCUGUGGCUUCAAAGACGUGGAUACUAUCCCAGGCACCAGAGUUUUUGGAGCCAGGAGUAAUUGCUGGAGGAAACGGUCAGCCAGUCGUUCAGGAUAGAGGUGAAAGAUGGCUGUGUUUUGCG